CUCUUCAUAUUCUUCCCAAGAGAUCAACCCGAACAGAAGAAUAAAUCUUGUGAGAAAGAAAACGAAAAAACAGAGAGGAAAACAAACCCUAGCCGCACCGAUCGAAGCGUCAAUCGCCGGCGACGGCUAUGCCUGCUGCGAUCCCCGGAGACCAAGACCAACGCCUCCACUGACGCUUGCCGCUGCCGCCGAGUUUGAUCCGCCGAGGCGCCGACAUGAGGGCCGCGCAGAUCGAUCCGUCCGCCGCGGCGCCGCCCCGGUCGCGGUUCAAGCGCCUCUUCGAGCGCCAGGUGCCGCGGGUCUCGCCGGCGGAGCGCCUCCCGGCGGCGCCCGCCGGCGGGGAGAAGGAUGAGCUGUCGGAGCCCAGCUCGCUGUGCCUGGACGGCAUGGUGCGGAGCUUCCUGGAGGACGGCGUUGGCGGCGGCGGCGGCGAGCGGGGAGCGGCCGCGCGGUGCUGCAACUGCUUCCACGCCGGUGACACCUCCGACGACGAGGAUGGCCCCGCCUCGGCGGAUGCCGCAGCCGCUGACAUCGCGGAGACCAUCAAGGGCCUCGUCCACUGCGCCAGCCUCCGGGAGCGCAACCUCCUCGCCGACGUCUCCACCCAGGUCGAGCGCCACCGCGCGUCAGGGGCGCGCAAGCGCGACCUCCUCCGCCUACUGGCCGAGUCCCUCCGCGCCGCGGGCCACGACGCCGCGGUCUGCCUCUCGCGCUGGGACAAGUCGUCCUCCCACCUUGCCGGCGAGCACGCGUACCUGGACGUCCUCCUCCCCGCGGGCUCGGAUCGCGCCGAGCGCGAGCGCGUCCUGGUGGACGUCGACUUCCGGUCCGCGUUCGAGGUAGCGCGGCCCACCAAGGCGUACCGCGCCGUGCUGCAGCGGCUGCCGUCGGUGUUCGUCGGGCGGGAGGACCGCCUGCGCCUCCUCGUGGCCGCCGCCGCCGACGCAGCGCGCGCCAGCCUGAAGAAGCGCGGCCUCCACCUGCCGCCGUGGCGCAAGCCCGAGUACAUGCGAGCCAAGUGGCUCUCCCCCUACGAUCGCGAGACUCCCCCUCCUCCGCCCCCGCCGCUGCCGCAGCCGCAGCAGCCAGAGGCCUCCACCGGUGAGCUCGCCGGCGACGGCGAGGGAGGUGCGCCCAGCGCGUAACCGAGGUCGUUUUCGGAAUUACCUUUUUUCCACUUAUUCUUGGGGAAUUUGCAGUGUGGUCCUUGUACAGGGACUGGACGCAAAUGUUCUGCUUUGUUUUUUUUUUCUUCCCUACCUUUUUAUUCUUCCUUCCCUUUUUACCCUUUUGAUGGGUUUCAUUUCCCCCCGCGGCGUAGAUGUAGUAGUGUAGUAACUAGUGCUGGUAAUUAUGGAGGACAAAAGGGACCAAAAAAAAUUUGUAGCUUUAGUUUGAAUUAGAAGAGAUAAAAGGAAAAGGAGAUUCCGGACAGA